CAAACGUUUGCUAGUUGGCUAAUGUCUGCAUAAAACGGCAGUACUUCGCGUUAACAUUAGUUGACUUGUUUUUGUUUUUUUAACAACUGUAUGAGAUGUAGAUUGGUUUUAAGCAGUUUUUUUUAUAGUUUAAAAUGACUGAAGCGGUUACUUCAGCUCAGCGUGGAUUUCUGGACUUCAGUCCGGUGAGGAGAGAAGACGCAAACAAAGAGAACGACACUCCGGUUCUGAGUUUGAUUCAGUUUUCAAAGCCUCCUUUUGUGGCAUUUGGCACGGUAAAGUUGGGCACCUCGAAGUCGGUUGUUUUGCAAGUCGAAAACCCUACAGAGGAUGUGCACGCGCAGGUUACUGUUGACAAAAUCCCCUCGAGCAAAGGCUUUUCUGUGGACCACAACACGUUCACGAUUAAGCCUGAGGGCUCUUUCAGUUUGACAGUAACCUGGACUCCAGCUGAUGAAGGUGGAAUCAGAGAGCUCAUCAUCUUCAAUGCCAAUGGAGUCCUCAAGCACCAGGCAGUUCUGCUGGGGAGAGCAGAGGCACCAAAAAAGAAAAAGAAGAGCUUAUGGGACACAAUCAAAAACAAGAGAGAAGGUGAAAGAGUAGCUGCACCAAGGAAAAAGAAAACUGAGCCUCCGCUAAAGAUGGGUGCCAAUAAAACUUUCCAAGUGUCCCGAAAGCCGCAGUACAAGCUGGACAAACCCCGAAGCCCGCUUGCUUCGCUUAAUGCUGGCAGAGCUGCCGGACAGAGAUCCCUCAUGAAAGACGGCCUGAUUGAUGCGCCCUCUCUGGAAUCAGGGGAAAACAAGGCUCUAAAUCCUAAGCAGAGGAUUCAGUCUCUAGCUUUGUCAGACCAGGAAAUUUUCCAAGUUCAGAAGAGCUCUCCUGUUCUGCUUGUCCCGGCCACAAAGUUUGUGGACUCGGGCAACGUGUCUGCCAGUCCAGACACUCUGGCAGAAAAGCCAGAAAACAAAGAUCUUUCCAGAAAGCUCAACAGGACGCUGUCACCUGUCGGGACACCUGAGAGGUUCAAGAAGCUGAUGCCUCAUAUUAAGUCGGAGAGUCCAUUUUCAGCUUCGGUACAGUCAGCUGCUGUUGAUGUGGACAGUGUCCCUGCUUUGUCUUUGAAAGAUGCUCUGGCCCUGAUCGACUCUGAUCUGAGCCAUCUUAACACCAGUCCUCGAGACACAAGUUCAAGCUGUGAGUUUUCAGAUUCGCUGGAAUCUAAGAGUGAGAAACUUGACUGUGGAAGCGACGGGGAAUCCCUCAAAGCUUUACCGCACAGCCCGGAACUGUCAGAGUCCAAUGAGCAGAGACUUACUUUCUUUGUCAGUAAAAAAGACGUCGUUUCAGAGGAGAAAGUGACAGGAAAGGUUAAAAAGGUGUCUUUUACAUCUGUCACAGUGACUAAGAGCAAAGCACCAGCAGAGGUGAUCAGUCCUGGUGGAAGGAAAGUAAAGAAAUCACGGCGACGACUGUUAGAGAAAACACUUGAACUUUCUGACAGCAGCACUCCGUGUGAGUCUGGACCAGACACGCCAAGCCUUCCUGUUAUCGAUGUGGACACAGAAGCCACAGUGAGUGACGAUGGACACCGAAUCCCAGAGUUUACCUCUUCCAGCCCAACCUCAAGGCUUGAUGGCUCACCAGCACCAGUCAUCUUCCCCGUUUCCUCCCCUCUAAACAUUGUUCCCUCUCAUUUUUCUUUCUCGGUCACCUCUCCGCCUUCAUCAUUUCCUGUUCCCCACACUUUUCCCAUCACCUCUCCUCCAGUCAUGGUCUCAUCCUCCCAUGUGUCUGAGCAGUCCCUGACUGAUAGUGCACCUCCUUCCAAUCAGGAAGACUUGUUUCCUGUUCAUGUGGCAGUGAAGACCAAGAAGAGAAAGAGUGAGGAGUAUUUGAAAUGUGAUGGGAAGACUGAGGAUGCUGGGAAAUCUGAGUGCGUUAAAAGGAGCAGAGUGGUGGCUGGAAAAACUGAGUCCCUGAGAUCGGUACGGAAGAAAAACGCACCACAGCGACCGGGAGCAAGAGGUUCGACACGGUCCGCGACAGCAUCAUCUCUUAGGACUACAAAGUCUGUAGUUCUUUCCCAGGCUAAACAACCAAGCUCCAAAACCAGCUCACAAGGUACUUCAUCCCUGCGGGGGUGUGGUGCUCCAUCUGUGAAGGUUGCAAAAGUAGUUGCUGUAGCGCAGUCGAAGCUGACCUUCAUCAAGCCGACUCAAACAGCUUUACCCAGACAUCCGAUGCCGUUCGCUGCCAAAAACAUGUUCUAUGAUGAGAGGUGGAUUGAGAAGCAGGAGAGGGGAUUCACCUGGUGGAUCAACUACGUCCUUACCCCCGAUGACUUUAAAGUCAACACUGAAGUUGCUAAAGUGAGCGCCGUGUCUCUCGCCAUGGGAAACGAUGAGAAGUUCAGUGUGCCUAAAGCUCCUACCAAAGAGGAGAUGUCCUUCAGCACCUACACGGCCAAACGGAAGCUAAACCGUCUCCGGCGCUCUGCCUGCCAGUUGUUCACAUCUGAGGCCAUGGUCAAGGCCAUUCAGAGGCUCGAACUGGAGGUGGAGGCCCAAAGGCUCCUUAUUCGGAAAGACCGCCACCUCUGGAAGGACAUUGGUGAACGCAAAAAAGUCCUGAACUGGCUCCUGUCGUACAAUCCGUUAUGGUUGCGGAUUGGUCUCGAGACGAUCUUCGGUGAGUUGAUCUCUCUUGAGAGCAACAGUGACGCCUUGGGUUUGGCCAUGUUCAUCCUCCAGCGGCUGCUCUGGAACCCAGACAUUGCCGCAGAGUUCAGACACCCCAGAGUGCCUCAUCUUUACAAAGAUGGCCAUGAGGAGGCGCUGUCUCGCUUCACACUGAAGAAGCUGCUCCUGCUGGUCUGUUUCCUGGACAAAGCCAAAGGAUCCCGUCUGAUUGAACAUGACCCUUGUCUGUUCUGUGUGGAUGCAGAGUUCAAGGCAACUAGAGACCUGCUGCUGGCCUUCUCAAGAGACUUCCUGAGCGGAGAGGGGAUCCUGCCCCGGCACCUCGCCUACCUCGGGCUACCGGUUUCCCACGUUCAGACGCCCCUCGACGAGUUUGACUUUGCUGUGAAGAAUUUAGCCGUUGACCUAAAAUGUGGCAUUCGUCUUGUGCGUGUGAUGGAGCUGCUUGUUCAGGACUGGAGUUUUUCAGCGAAGCUCCGUCUGCCCGCCAUCAGCCGCCUGCAGAAGGUGCACAAUGUCGACGUUGCCCUGCAGGUGCUUAAAGGCAAAGGGGUGGACCUUAAAGAUGAACGCGGCUCCAUUAUUGAUUCAAGAGACAUUGUUGAUGGACACCGAGAGAAAACGCUGAGCCUCUUGUGGAAAAUCAUCUUUGCAUUCCACGUGGAGGUGAUUCUGGACGAGGAUCAGCUCAGGGAGGAGAUCGGCUUCCUGAGGAGGACUCUGAGGACCAAACGCAGGCUAGCCUCCUUGAGAGCCGACCUGGGAAUUCAGCCGAGUCCUGCAAAGUUCAGGGUGCCUUACGAACACAUGAGCACCAAGAUUACUCUGCUGAUGGACUGGGUCCGCGCUGUCUGUGACUUCUACAACCUGAAGGUGGAGAACUUCACUGUGGCGUUCUCAGAUGGUCGCGUGCUCUGCUACCUUAUCCACCACUAUCACCCCAGCCUCCUACCAGCAGCGUCUGUCAGUCACGGCACCACCCAGACUGUCGAGUGCUCGCCCAGAGGCCGCCUGGAGCUCAGCUGUUCAGCCAGCGACUCUGACAGCUCCUUUGACUCCUUUCCGACAGGCCAGAAUGGCCCAAAUUCUCCAUCAGUGGAGUUUAAGGAGCUGCUGGAGAAUGAGAAAAACAACUUCAGGUUGGUUAACAGUGCUGUGGCCUUUCUUGGGGGAGUUCCAGCCAUGAUUAACCCAGCCGACAUGUCCAACACCAUCCCGAACGAGAAAGUGGUGAUGUCCUACCUGUCUUUCCUCUGUGCUCGUCUGCUGGACCUGCGGAACGAAACCAGAGCAGCCCGGGUCAUACAAGGCGCCUGGAGGAAAUACAGACUACAGAAAGAUCUGCAGCUCUACGAGGAAAGAAACAAGGCUGCUGUAAAAAUUCAGGUUGUGGUAAGAAGUUUCCUUCAGAAGCGUCGAGUCAAGAGGCAGAAUCGAGCUGCUGUUCUCAUCCAGUCAGUCUGGAGGGGGUAUGUAGCUCGCAACAGGCUGAGGCUGAAGAAACAGGCUGAACUCUGGGCAAUGCAGCACCGAGCCGCGACUCUCAUCCAGGCUCAGUGGAGGAUGUUUUCUGCCUUGAGGGCCUACCAACGCCUGAGAUAUUACACAAUUGUAAUUCAAGCGCAGUGGCGAAUGCGGCGGGCAGCUGCUGCCUAUGGGAAAAUUUACUGGGCGGCCAGGGUCAUUCAGAAGUAUUCACGAGCUUGGAUUUUGUCACGACGAGACCGGGGAGUAUUUCUCCGUCUUAGGACCGCUGUGGUGAAACUACAGAGAGCAUACAGAAGCUGGAAAGUUCGGAAAACACAAAAGGAAAAUUGUGCUGCUCAACGAAUCCAAGCUGCGUUUAAGAGAUGGUACAAGAAGAAAAGGGCAGAAAAAUAUGAUGCUGCUGUAAGAAUUCAGUCUUGGUGCAGGAUGCAGCUGUGUUUCCAUCAAUACAGAAAGCUGAAGAGAAGCGCUGUGCUCAUUCAGGCUCGGUACAGAGGCCAUACACAACGGCGUCGUUUUCAGAUGUUGAAGCUGCAGCAUCGCUCUGCUGUUGUCAUCCAAAGUGCCUUCAGAGGGUAUAAUGUCAGAAAACUGGAGCUAAAGAGGAAAUGUGCUACAAUCACAAUCCAGCGCUGGUUCAGGGCCUCUGUGGCAAGAAACAUGGAAAGAAACAAGUUUGUGAGAAUGAGAUGUGCAGCUGUUACCAUACAGGCGGCUUAUCGUGGAAAAGUGGCAAGAGAGAUACUAAAAAAGCAACACAAGGCGGCGACAGCGAUCCAGGCAGAUUUUAGGAAAUAUGCUGCCCAAAAGAAGUUUCUUGUCUUGAAGAAAGCUGCAGCUGUAAUACAGCAAAAGUAUAGAGCUGCAGUUUUGGCUCGCAAGGCAAAGAGGGAGUUUGAUGCUGUCAGGAAGGCUGCACUCGUUAUACAAGCCAACUGGAGAGGCAGAGCUGACAGGAAGAGAAUAGAGAUGUGGCAUCGGUCUGCCACACUGAUACAGACCUGCUACCGUCGGCACAAAGUACAAGCAGAGUACAGAUCCCAGAAGGCAGCAGCUGUAGUCAUUCAACAUCAUUUCAGAGCCUUUGCAGCUGGAAAGGAGAUGCGGAGGGUGUACUUGCAGAAAAAAGCUGCAUGUGUUGCACUCCAAGCUGGAUUCAGAGGCAUGAGAGUUAGAACAGAGCUGAGGAAAAAGCACAAGGCUGCUACUUCCAUUCAGUCUGUGGUCAGGAUGUUUUUAUGUAGGAAACAAUAUUUUCUCCUCCAGAGUGCAACAAUUAUCACCCAGUGCCGAUACAGAGCUCUCCUCCUCUGCAGGGCCCAGCAAAAGGAGUUCAGGGAGCUAAAACAGGCCACCAUAAAGAUACAAGCCAUCUUCAGGGGAUUUAGAGUAAGGCGAGAUCUGAAGAAGAGGCACAACGCUGCCAGAGCAAUCCAAGCUCAGUUCAGGAUGCACAGAAUUCGUAUAGCUUACUUGGCCACAAAGUGUGCUGCCAUUAUUAUUCAGCAACGCUACAAGGCUAAAAUAGUCAGAGAUGAACAGGUGCAGAGGUAUAGAGCAAUGAAAUCUGCAGCUGUGGUCAUCCAGGCAGCGUAUCGUGGGCAUAAGGACAGGAGGAGGGUUGCAGACAUGCACGAAGCAGCUACAGUCAUUCAGAGAAGGUUUCUCACUAUCCAAGCUAGAAAGCAGUUCCUAGCGAUCAAGGCAGCAGCUUUGGUCUGUCAGCGGAGGUACAGAGCAGUGACCCUGGCAAGAUCAUGCCAUGCGAACUAUCUGUCAAAGCGCACAGCAGUCGUUUGUCUGCAGGCUGCCUACAGAGGCUACUCAGUAAGAAAGCAGCAGCAUAUCAGGCACACGGCAGCUGCAACUAUUCAGUCUCACUUCAGAAAGUAUCUGCAGAGAAACAACUACAAGAGACUGCAGUGGGCUUGUAGUGUAUCGCAAGCACGCUACAGAGCUAAUAGAAAAAUGAGAGCAGAAGUGCACACUCUGAAUGCUAAAAGAAAGGCUGCUGUGGUCAUACAAGUAGCCUUCCGUCAGAUGAAAUCAAGACAACUGAUCAAACAACGGCAUCAGGCUGCCGUCAUUAUCCAGAGAGCUUACAGAGCCCACCGUGAACACAUACUCUACCUUACUUUGAAGUCGGCUGUUCUUAAAGUUCAGCACAGGUAUCGGGCUAAUGUGGCAACAAAGAAACAAAGGAAACAGUAUGAACAAACCCAACGAGCAGCAGUCAUUCUUCAGGCUGCAUACAGAGGACAGCAGGUGAGAAAGGAGGUUGCUCGGUGGCAUCAGGCUGCUACUGUGAUCCAGUCUGCAUUCAAAAAGCACAGAGAGGAAGUCAAGUUUCAGGCAAUGCGCCUGUCUGCCAUCAUCAUCCAGAGACGCUAUCGAGCUCUUCUCCUUCAGAGACAAGCGAGAGGAAGCUUCCUGAAAAAGAGGCGAUCUGCUGUUGUUCUGCAGGCAGCUUUCAGAGGUCAUCGUGUAAGGACUGAAAUUGUAAAUAUGAACAGGGCAGCUACCGUGCUCCAAGCUAACUUUAAGAGGCGUAAGCAGCAGCUGGCCUUUAGGAGACAGUGCUGGGCAGCAUGUGUCCUACAGCAGAGGUUUAGAGCCCAGAAACAGAAACAUCUUGAGGUGAAACAUUAUCAGGAGGUCAGAGAAGCGGCCAUUGUUCUGCAGGCGGCAUAUCGAGGAAUGAAAUGCAGACAAAUGAUCGAAGAAAAGCAUCAUGCUGCCAGCGUUAUCCAGAGAGCUUACAGAGCCCACUGUGAACACAGGAAGUAUCUCACUCUGAAAUCGGCCGUCCUGACCCUUCAGAGAAGAUAUCAGGCCACUCUGAAAGCAAAGAAACAAAUGCAACAAUACAGAAUGAUGCGUGAUGCUGCUGUUGUCCUUCAGGCUGCAUACAGAGGUCAGCAGGUGAGAAAGGAGGUUUCUCGGUGGCAUCAGGCUGCUACUGUGAUCCAGUCUGCAUUCAGAAAGCACAGAGAGGAAGUCAAGUUUCAGGCUAUGCGCCUGUCUGCCAUCAUCAUCCAGAGACGCUAUCGAGCUCUUCUUCUUCAGAGACAAGCGAGAGGAAGCCUCCUGAAAAAGAGGCGAUCUGCUGUUGUUCUGCAGGCAGCUUUCAGAGGUCAUCGUGUAAGGACUGAAAUUGCAAAUAUGAACAGGGCAGCUACCGUGCUCCAAGCUAACUUUAAGAGGCGUAAGCAGCAGCUGGCCUUUAGGAGACAGUGCUGGGCAGCAUGUGUCCUACAGCAGAGGUUUAGAGCCCAGAAACAGAAACAUCUUGAGGUGAAACAUUAUCAGGAGGUCAGAGAAGCGGCCAUUGUUCUGCAGGCGGCAUAUCGAGGAAUGAAAUGCAGACAAAUAAUUGAAGAAAAACAUCAGGCUGCCAGCGUUAUCCAGAGAGCUUACAGAGCCCACUGUGAACACAGGAAGUAUCUCACUCUGAAAUCGGCCGUCCUGACCCUUCAGAGAAGAUAUCAGGCCACUCUGAAAGCAUCUAAACAAAUGCAACAAUACAGAAUGAUGCGUGAUGCUGCUGUUGUCCUUCAGGCUGCAUACAGAGGUCAGCAGGUGAGAAAGGAGGUUGCUCGGUGGCAUCAGGCUGCUACUGUGAUCCAGUCUGCAUUCAGAAAGCACAGAGAGGAAGUCAAGUUUCAGGCUAUGCGCCUGUCUGCCAUCAUCAUCCAGAGACGCUAUCGAGCUCUUCUCCUUCAGAGACAAGCGAGAGGAAGCUUCCUGAAAAAGAAGCGAUCUGCUGUUGUUCUGCAGGCAGCUUUCAGAGGUCAUCGUGUAAGGACUGAAAUUGUAAAUAUGAACAGGGCAGCUACCGUGCUCCAAGCUAACUUUAAGAGGCGUAAGCAGCAGCUGGCCUUCAGGAGACAGUGCUGGGCAGCAUGUGUCCUACAGCAGAGGUUUAGAGCCCAGAAACAGAAACAUCUUGAGGUGAAACAUUAUCAGGAGGUCAGAGAAGCGGCCAUUGUUUUGCAGGCGGCAUAUCGAGGAAUGAAAUGCAGACAAAUAAUCGAAGAAAAGCAUCAGGCUGCCAGCGUUAUCCAGAGAGCUUACAGAGCCCACUGUGAACACAGGAAGUAUCUCACUCUGAAAUCGGCCGUCCUGACCCUUCAGAGAAGAUAUCAGGCCACUCUGAAAGCAACUAAACAAAUGCAACAAUACAGAAUGAUGCGUGAUGCUGCUGUUGUCCUUCAGGCUGCAUACAGAGGUCAGCAGGUGAGAAAGGAGGUUGCUCGGUGGCAUCAGGCUGCUACUGUGAUCCAGUCUGCAUUCAGAAAGCACAGAGAGGAAGUCAAGUUUCAGGCUAUGCGCCUGUCUGCCAUCAUCAUCCAGAGACGCUAUCGAGCUCUUCUUCUUCAGAGACAAGCGAGAGGAAGCUUCCUGAAAAAGAAGCGAUCUGCUGUUGUUCUGCAGGCAGCUUUCAGAGGUCAUCGUGUAAGGACUGAAAUUGCAAAUAUGCACAGGGCAGCUACCGUGCUCCAAGCUAACUUUAAGAGGCGUAAGCAGCAGCUGGCCUUUAGGAGACAGUGCUGGGCAGCAUGUGUCUUACAGCAGAGGUUUAGAGCCCAGAAACAGAAACAUCUUGAGGUGAAACAUUAUCAGGAGGUCAGAGAAGCGGCCAUUGUUCUGCAGGCGGCAUAUCGAGGAAUGAAAUGCAGACAAAUAAUUGAAGAAAAACAUCAGGCUGCCAGCGUUAUCCAGAGAGCUUACAGAGCCCACUGUGAACACAGGAAGUAUCUCACUCUGAAAUCGGCCGUCCUGACCCUUCAGAGAAGAUAUCAGGCCACUCUGAAAGCAUCUAAACAAAUGCAACAAUACAGAAUGAUGCGUGAUGCUGCUGUUGUCCUUCAGGCUGCAUACAGAGGUCAGCAGGUGAGAAAGGAGGUUGCUCGGUGGGAUCAGGCUGCUACUGUGAUCCAGUCUGCAUUCAGAAAGCACAGAGAGGAAGUCAAGUUUCAGGCUAUGCGCCUGUCUGCCAUCAUCAUCCAGAGACGCUAUCGAGCUCUUCUCCUUCAGAGACAAGCGAGAGGAAGCUUCCUGAAAAAGAAGCGAUCUGCUGUUGUUCUGCAGGCAGCUUUCAGAGGUCAUCGUGUAAGGACUGAAAUUGCAAAUAUGCACAGGGCAGCUACCGUGCUCCAAGCUGACUUUAAGAGGCGUAAACAGCAGCUGGCCUUCAGGAGACAGUGCUGGGCAGCAUGUGUCUUACAGCAGAGGUUUAGAGCCCAGAAACAGAAACAUCUUGAGGUGAAACAUUAUCAGGAGGUCAGAGAAGCGGCCAUUGUUCUGCAGGCGGCAUAUCGAGGAAUGAAAUGCAGACAAAUAAUUGAAGAAAAACAUCAGGCUGCCAGCGUUAUCCAGAGAGCUUACCUGGCACAUCAUGAACAACUACAGUAUCUAAAGUUGAAGUCUUCUGCCCUCAUCAUUCAACGAAAGUAUCGAGCUACCAUGGCUGCUAAAGCAGAAAGGAACAACUACACCAAACUGAAGCAAGCUGUCAUCACACUACAGAGAUGCUGCAGAGCCUGGAGAGCAAAACAACAGAUCCUUCAAGCAGCCCAAGCAGAGAGGACGCUUCGCUUCACGUCUGCGGUUUUCCAUCAUCUCUGUGCCAUAAAGAUCCAGCGAGCUCUCAAAGCUCACUGGGCUUUGGAAUCAGCAAAAAGGCAGAUCCAUUCUGUCAUCACCAUACAGCGAUGGCUGAGAGCAAAGCAGCAGAGGAAACUAUAUCUGGAGGACAGAAGGAAGGUGGUUAAGGCGCAAGGAGUCGUCAGGUGUUGGCUAGCCCGGCGCCACAGGGCUGCAGCCGUCAUCCAGAAGGCUGUCCGGAAAUUCCUCCUCCUCAGGCGUCAGAAGAGGGUUCAACAAGGCAUUGUCAAGGCUCAGGCUCUGUGGAGAGGACACUGCUCCCGCCGAUUGAAUGACAAUCCCAGGCUUGUGAAGUUGAGGCACCGCUUACGUCAAGUCUCUGCUGGGGUCCAAGAGGAGGACAAAUUGUGCAACAAGACCUCAUCUGCGCUGGAUUACCUCCUUCGAUACAAACACUUCUCUUAUAUUCUUGAGGCCCUGAAAAACCUGGAGACCGCCACCAGGUUGUCACCAGAGUGCUGCGAGCGCCUGGUGGAGAGUGGAGCCACUAAUGUUAUCUUCACGCUAAUCCGCUGCUGCAACAGGAGCGUCCCCUGCAUGGACGUCAUCACCUUCUCCAUUCAGAUCCUCCUCAACCUCUCCAAGUACCAUAAGACCGUAGAGGCGGUGUAUUCAGUGGAGAACUCUGUGGAGACGCUGCUAGAUCUGCUGCAGAGGUACCGGGAGAAGGCGGGUGAUAAAGUGGCUGAAAAAGGCGGGAGCAUCUUCACCAAAGCGUGCUUCCUUCUUGCCCUCCUCCUGCAGGACAGGCAUCGCGCUGAGGAGGUGACAAAACUACCCAAUGCCCUAGAUAGAAUACGCAGUAUUUAUCGCCUCACUGCCCGCAAACACAAGAUGGAUGCAGAAAGAACCAUCAUCAAACAGAAGAUGAAUGCGUCCAUCAACGGGAGCUUCUUCAUCGCAGCAACGCCUCGUAAAUCCCGCACCGCACCAAAAUUUGCCCCAGAUUGGGUCCUCAGAAAAGACAAGCUGAAAGACAUAGUGGAUCCUCUCAGGGCCAUUCAGAUGGUGGCAGACACAAUGUCCAUUGUUUUGUGAAUAGAUCUCGUUUUUUACCUAGAAAAUUUUUUUUUAUCAUUCCUUUAUCUUGUAAAUAUUAAAGUGGCAUUGUUUGUUUUGUUGCUUUUGUUUUUGAUCAGUUGUAUUCUUGAUUAUUGUAAGGUAACAAAAUAAAACAUGUUCAACAA